AUGUAUGUAUCUAUGCUGGAUCAUAAUCUUAACCUAUGGGAUGAAAUGUGCUUGAAGAAGUGGAAAAUGACGAAAGCUGAAAUCUACAGUAUCACCGAAGGAUGGAACGAACUUGUAGCAGAAAACGAUUGGAAAAAAGACGAGAAGGUGUUGGUGCAACUUUGGUCUUUCAGACGCAACCACAAGCUCUAUUUUGCACUCGUCAAGCUUUAG